GCUCCUUCAUUAACCGCCUGGCUGUUGAACGGGAAACAUCCGCCUCUACCAACGCUCGCUCUGUUUGUAAAAUCCUUGAAAAUGAUUCCUCACGUUGAGCUCGUGAUGGACCACGACAAACUUCCAGUCAGAGGCUCAGUGGAUACAGUUGUGACGAAGACUUGCAAGAUUCUCCUCUUCCUCGGCUCAGUCUGCGGCGCAGCGAUAUUAGGAGCAGGGGUGACUCUGUUCAUCGCUCCACAGUACAAUACUACUCGUGAUCCUGUGCGGCCUUGUGAUUCUUCUCUCGCUCAACACCACCUGGUGAUGACAACUGUGCCCAGUGAUACCCUUAGUCCAGAUACCACGUCGAGCAGCAGAAGUGCCUCAGAGAGUGACAGUGUAUCAGUGCAUCCGACAACAACCCACACGGACGAGGAGAGGUUUCACAAGCAGCAAGAGAAACUCAGGAACAUUGCAAAGUGCCAGCCGAUGCCUCACCCAGUGAGAGUAAACGAUGAUGGUGAACUGCCCUACUGGGACCACCUUCGGGACAAGGAUCUCCUGUCACCAGUGGUCUCCAUCAACCGCUGUCCCACGUCUUGUGGACUCUGUGUUUGGGGGGAGCGGUGCUUGCCAACCAGGAACACCACUACCACCGUCCUGUUGAAGUACGAGUAUCUGGACGGCAACAAUCAAACCAAGUAUGAAGAGAGAGACCUGCAGGAACACCUCGAAUGUUCAUGUCAAUGAGUGUCUUGUGAUGGCAGUAUUUGCAUAAUCAGCCGCCACCAGUUGUCACUUGAAAGUUAAGAGAUAUUUACUAUCGCAAUUUUUCUGUACUAACUGUGAAGCUAUAGUGUGGCAUCGUAUACCACUAUGCACUGUACAAGUGAAAUAAUAUAAUAACGUUUUAGUAGCACAAUGGAAAUCUUGAAGGCAUAGAUAGAAUGUUUAACAUCUGGAAAUUAUACUCACAUUGUUCUUAUUAUCAUAAAUAAGAUCAUACUAAUAUUAUGUUGGUUAAAUCAAUAUUUUUUGCUGCUAGUGGUGCACAAUCCAGCUUUCCUUGUUCAGUAAUUUACUAAUUAGUAUUACAAGUGUUGAGCUGGCGCAUCAGCAGUGUAGCUCUACAGGGCCUCUGUUGUUCUCUGACCGGGGGAGUCCCCCCCCCCCAAUGUAAGAGUACCAAGACAGUAAGGGUACCUGUUUAUUAUAAUCAUUGUACACUAUUCAGUUAGAGAAGUAAUCCUUUAGAGUGUAUCAGUCUCUAUUUUCAAGUAUUUUGAAGAACAUCAAAGUGGGCCAAAUCUUGCCACUUAGGAUUUAUCAGGAGACCGUCCCUUAUCCAAGACCCGCCGUAAAGGGUGUUUACAAGAUGAAGAGCGGGAGGAACGAAUCUGGAUAUUCAACCAGCUGGCCAAAACCAGGUACACAGCUUUAACAUGAAUUGGCAAGAUUUUGAAAGUUGUCCACCGUCUGGGCUCAAGGAAGAGCUUCGAGGGAGAGGUGCCAAGGUUUCCGGAAGAAAGAAAGAUUUGAGGCAAUUACUCUUCAAGUACUUCAUAUUUUCAACAUUGUGGUGCUUUUACUUUAUAUUGUAGUGAGAGGAUGUGACACUGGUAUUCUGAUAUCUAGUAAAUUCAAGAACAAGCUCAAAAUA